ACGGGCGCCGGACGACUAGCCGCCGAGGACCGUGGCUGCCGAAAUGCCGCCGUGAAGCGGCAACAUCAUUCGGCGUCAUUUUGGCGGUAGCGUUUCUUGACGUUGCUGCUUCUCGGUGGCAUUUUGGUGGCCAGGAGGCGCCCCCGGGCACUGCGUUGGGGACCCCUGUCCUAGAGCAUCCUAGCCCCGCGUGUCUCUCAGCACUGACUCAGCACCAGCCAGGCCAUUGGUGACGCUGAGCUAAUGCCUGGGUGUGCUCCCCGCACGCUCCCCGCCCAGCAGCCCCCACUGCCCUGGGCAGUCUGGCCAGGCCCAGGCUGGGUGGAGAGAGGCAGAAAACAGAGUCAGAGAAAAGUGGGGCUGGAAGGGACCUGGAAAGGGCAACUAGUGAAGUCCAGCCCCUGCGCUGGGGCAGGGCCAUGUAACCCUGGACCAUCCCUGGCGGGGGUUUGUCCAACCCACCUGUGCUCAAAACCCUCCAGUGACGGGGAUCCCACAGCCUCCCCUGGAAGCCUGUUGCACAGCGUAGCUCCCCUGAGAGGGAGAAAGGGUUUCCGAAUAGCUACCCGGGAUCUCCCUGGCCACAGACUGAGCCCGUCGCUUCUUGUCCUGCCUUCCGUGGCCAUGGAGAACCAUUGAUCCCUGUCCUGUGAAGACUGUUCUCGACUGUUCUCGUGAAGACUGUUCUCAGGUCCCCCUCAGUCCUCCUCUCUCCAGGCUAAACAGGCCCUGGGUUUAACCCUUCCCUCACAGGGCAGGUUUUCUAAACCUUUCAUUGUUUGUGUUGCUUUCCCCUGGAUUCUCUCUAGUUUCUCCACAUCUGCCCUACGGUGCGGCCCCCAGACCUGGACACGACCCCCCGCUAAGGCCAGCGCCGGGACAAUCACCUCCCGUGUCUGACACACUCCAGCUACGCCCCAGAAUGACACCAGCCCUUCUCCCAGCGGUAGCUGGAGGCUGAUGUGCCGGGCAGGACCCCCAGGCGCUAGCGAUACACCUCACCACUUCCAGGCCACACCCUCCCUGCCCAUGUCAAGCCAGGCCCCCCUUGGCCCGGCUCAGGCCCUGGGCAGCGGGUGCCUGGGGCUGGAAUUCAGGAGGCCCCAGGCCUGUGCUCACCCUGCUAGCGCUGUGGCGGGGAAGGGUUAACAGCUGUUUCCGAUCAGGCGUGCUGGGCUCCAUUAGCCAUGCCUGAGCAUCCCCAUCACCGGGCUGCUGGAGCGGAGAAUGCUGCCAAGGGUGAAGAGCGAGGAGCAGUUUGCCAUGGUGGCUGCAGUGCAGCUCCUUGCCUGGAGCCUGGUCCUGGUGCCGGCGCUGCUCCCAGCCUCUCCCCUGCCCCAGCCGUUCAGCAGCGAGCGACACACCAGGCCACGGGCUGUGGGAGCCUCCCUGGGCCCCGGCUGGGUGCAGGAGCUGGCUGGGUGGCCCCCUCUGGGCAGCCCCUCCGAAGAGGCUCUCUGGACCCGCCAGGCUCUGCCAGCCCUUUCCCCAUUGCUGCUGGCUGCCCCUGGGGGGAGCCUGGUCUUCAGUGGGGCUGGGGAGCCGGAUGAUGAGCUGUGGCGAGGCUCCAGCCGUGCCCCCCUGCAGCCAGGGGCACCUGCUGCCCACUCUGCAGCCAUCAGCCAUGACACGGGGAUCCCCCCUGCCCCAGCAGGAAGCUCUGCUCUCCCACCCCCCGCCUGGCCCCUGCUCCUGGGGGCUGAUGGCUCUCGGCAAACGCUGGAGGUGCCCCCGGCUCCGGGACCUGCUGGCACUGAGGGGGCUGGGGGCCCUGGCCCAGACACGGCCACGUUCCAGGGACACACUGGGCUUGGCUCGGGGAGCUGGCCCUUCACGCCCGCGCCUGGCUCCGGGGCUCUGAGCACCGCAGGCAGCCCAGGGGCCUUGGCUUUCGAGAGCAGAGAACUGCCCUCGGGCUCAGAGCCCGGGAGCCUGCAGCCAGCUUCUCCCAGCCCGGCCAGGCCUCCUGGGGCAGAGAGCAGCCCAGGCCCUGCUGGGCAGGACAGUCCGGGCACCGCCGGGACGCCACGCCCCAGGCCAACGGUGUCCACUGUCGCCUUGGCGGCCAGGCCGGGCUCCGUGGCAGGAGCCAGCAGCGCCGAGUGGCGGCAGGCGGCAGACGUGGGCCCUGCGGGCGUGGGUCAGGAGGGCCGGCCUGUGAGCUGGGCUCCAGGGAAGGGGCAGCCGGCGCCUCGGGCCGAUGUCCCCUGGGAGCCCGGGGAACCGCUGGAGCGUGCCUGGGGAAAGGGACGGGCUUCCUACACCCAGCAGUCCUCCCUCCCUCCCUGGGGUGAUGCCCCGGGGCUGCCCCCACACCCCACAGGCAGGGAUGGCCAGCCCCAGCCAGAGAUAGGGUGGGUCCCUGGAGCCAGCCUGGCUACCUGGCCUGCUGCUACCUCCCAGCCGCAGCAGACGGCUGUAGCAGGGGGCUCCGUGGCUGGUGGGUGGCCUGGUCUUCCUCCCGCUGUGCUCAGCGCUGGCCGACUGGAGCUCCCGCCAAGCCUGGCUCCAGUGCAGGGCCGCCUGACUGAGCCGGCUCCCCCUGCCUGGAGGUUCACCCCGGCCUGGACAGAGGGGGUCACGCUGGAAACCAGAGCCCCGGUCUGGACAGAGGGGCUCUCGGCUCAUCAGAGAAGCACUCGGCGGGCGCUGCCCGGAUCCGCGACCCAGCCACUGCACCUCCCCGGAAAAGCUGCUCCUGGCACAGAACAGGGACCGGCGCACCCCCGUGCCAGGCCCGACCUCCACGCCAGCCCGGGAACGUCGCCCGCCCCAAUGCCUCCUCGCCCAGGGGCUGCAGCCGAGGAGGAGAUUGGGGCCCCGCAGCGAGUCCGGGGAGCUGUGGACCCAAGAACCCCCGUGAACACCACCUCCACGGCCACCUCUGCCCCCAGGCCACCGCCGCUGGGGACCAGGCACUCAGAUGGGACCCGACCUCCUGGCCCUGGCAGCACCACGGCCCCUGUGCCCGCCCACCCCCAGCCCCCAGCCACUCCCCAGCGGGGCCUGAUCAGAGUCAGCACCCAGCGAGCUCUUCAGCGCCCCCCUCUGCCCAGGCCUGGGCCCAGCGUCCCAGCCACGGUGCCCGCCUCUAGCCUGCCCUGCCCCCAUGCCAGUGGGACCUGCAGCCUCCUGCAGCCCAACCAGACGCUGCUGCACUGGGCAGACCUGCAGCGCACGCUCGGCUUCGCCUGGGAGCUGCACGUCUAUGGCACCAGCACCCUCUUCUUGCUGCUCAGCCUGGUCUGCGUGGCCAGCCUCGUCGGCUCGCCCGUCCUGGGCCUGCCCCACCUGCCCUACACCCUGGGCGCCAACGCCCUGCUGCUGGGCGCCGGCCUGCUCCGCGCCGCCUUCCUUCUCACCGACCCCUACGGCGCCAGGGCCAGGCUGCCCGCCCCGGCCGUGCGGCUGCUGUACAACGCGCCCUUCCUGCUGCUGCUCGGCGCCUUCGCCCUGCUGCUGCUGCUCCUCCUGCGCGUGGCCCGGCUACAGCUGCUGCCGCCCCCCCUGCAGAGCCUGCCCCUGCUGGCCGCGCUGGCCUCGCUCCAGAGCACCGCGCUGCUGGCAGCCGACCUGCUCUCGUCGCUGCUGAGCCCCGUGCUGGGCGUGGGGCUGCACCUGCUCUCCUGCGCCUGCGGCACCUCCCUCAUGCUGGCCAGCCUGGCUGCGUACUGGAAGCUGCGGCCCCACCAGCCUGCCGGGCCGGGCGAGGCCCAGCGGGGGUCGCUUGGCUGUGAGGACCCCCAGGAGCUGCCUGGGCCGGGCAGAGCCCUGCAGGGGCUGGGCCCCUGCCCGCGGGUGCUGCUGGGGUGUAGCGCUCUGGGGCUGCUGUGCUGUGGGCUCCAGGCGUACGGGGCCCUGUGGCUGGGCGGGGUGCUGGGCCCGCCAGGGGAAUUCUCCUGGCCCUGGUGGUUCGUGCAGUUCUGGUUCCGAAUCUGCGAGCUGCUGCUGGCCUUUGCCCUGUGCUUCGUGGCCUCACACCCCUUGUGCCAGUGCUGCGGCUCCGCUGACCACACCUGCUGGGCCAAGCUCGUCCGCUACUUCUGCACCUACCGCAAGGCCGAGGCGCCCGAGUACCCCAACAACUGCUACGACUGGGCCAACGGCACGCAGGAGCGGGCGGCCAGCAACGACAUCAGCAAAAGCCUGAUCCGCAACCCGCCCGAGCAGGUGCACCUGCGGGCACUGAGGGGCAGCAACGAGGUGAGGGCGACGGGGGCCUUCUCUGCCGGGGGCUCCACCUCCUUGCUGGGCCGGGCUGGCGCCAGCCCCAAGUGCCCCAAUGCCGCGCGCAUGGGGCGCUCCUACACCAGCGUCUGCUUCGAGAAGGAGUCGGUGCUGUCGCUCGGCGAGCUGGAGUUCCGCCCACCCUCGCCCAUCAACCUGAGCCGCAGCAUCGACGAGGCGCUCUUCAAGGAGCACCUGGUGCGCGACAGCAUCUUCCUGCGCUCCAGCCUGCAGUACCCCGGGCGCCUGGUGCGCCAGGACUCCCGCUCCUCGCUGCGCCGGAGCUCUGCCCUCACGCCCACGGCCGAGCCGCUGCUGCCCGCCAAGGCCCGGCAGCGGCGCAGCAGCGACCCCGACUACCUGUACAGCCUGGCCCGCUGCAGCUCGCUCAGCGACCUGCCCUCCCAGAGCGCCAGCCUGCCCCCCAGCAAGGGCCUGCCCAGCCAGCCCCCCACCGAGGGCACCGUCUCGGGCAGCUCCCUCGACAGCUUCUCUAAGGGCUCCCUGAAGAUCAGCUGGAACCCCUGGCGGCACGGCCUCUCCUCGCUGGAGAGCCUGCCCCUGGAGGAGACGCCCAGCCGGGCCCCGCUGCUCCCCGACGAGGCCUCCGGGCCCAGCACCACGGGCGGCGCCGGAGACUCUGAGCGUGAAGCCAGGAGGAGUUUCCUGGCACUCAGCAAGCAGGUGGAUUCCCGCAGCCUGUCGAGUGACACCAUUGAGCUGUGAGGGGCAGGGCCAGGGCGGCCCCCCUCGGCACAGCGCGGCGGAUAGCGGCCGGAGCCCAGCCCUGGUGCUGGCAGGCCGUGGAGCCCUGGCAUGGGGCAGUGCCAGGGAGAGCCCAUGACCAACGGGCUCCCUGCCUGCCCCAGCCCUGCCUAGUGCCAACCCCCGACCUCCAUCAGUGAUUUUAUGUAGAUCCAUUUUCCCAGCUCAGAUUUUGCACUGGGGGGCGGGUGGGGGGCUGGGCCAGCCCAGGAAGCACCAGCACAGAGGGGGCAGGACUUGCUUUCCCGCACAUGCUGCAGAGCCGGGCUGGGGGGGGAGCGCUGGCUCCGGCUGAGUGAGGGCCAAGGCCAGGGAGGAGCCCCCCGCUGAGCACCCUCAGGGAGGGGGGUGGGGGUUAGGCCCAUGCAGCCAGGGCUGCUGGGGGGGGGGGGGGAGGGUGGCCUUAGCCAAGGGGGACCCAUGGGCACGGCAGGGCUGAGCCCCCCACUAGGCCAAGCCCAGAGAACGGCUCAGGUGAGGCUGCCCCAGGGCCCAACAUUGCGCAGGCACCACAACAGGUGGGGCAGGAGCCACCAGCCCUGAUCCUAAGGGGGCAGAGGUGGGGGGCUGACCUGCGCAGGGGUGGGGGGGCUGUUGCUGUGGGUCUGUUUGUGCCAAAAGAACGAAAUAAAUUUGCUCUCACAAGUCCCCUGCCGUGCUGGAGCGAUUUCUCCCUGUGGCAGGGCCCAUAGCUCUGGGGGGCAGUCUGUGCCCCACGCUGGGGACAGGGGUCGAACCCCUUCCAGG